AUGAACUACUUUAACGGUAUCAACUUGAGAUUCUCUAGCAACACGUUCACUACAAAUUGGUUACAAUUGGAGAAGGGGAUUGUUACGGGAUGUACUAUCUCUGUGAUACCGUUCGUGAUGGACAUGAAUAUGAUCAUUAAGGCAGCGGAGAGAGAGUCAACAGGGCCCAAAACCAACACAGAAAUCCGUCUACCAUCCAGUAGGGGAUUUAUGGAUGACAUGACUGUCACCACUGAAACCGACAUACAGGCUAGAUGGGUUCUUGCGGCUCUUGAUGAAAUGGCAACGUGGGCAAGAAUGAGGUUUAAGCCGGGGAAGUCGAGGAGCUUAGUGGUUAGGAAGGGAAAGGUGACAAUCAAGUUCAAACUGUGUAUCCAGGGAGAAGAGAUUCCCUCCCUAGAGGACAAACCGAUUAAGUGCCUAGGGAAAUGGUUUGAUUCCUCAUUGAAAGACACACAUUACCCGAACAUGCUCAGACAGCAGGUAGCAGAGGUUUUGCAGAGAAUAGAAAAGUCGGAACUCCCAGGGAAGUUCAAAGCAUGGGUCUUUCAACACGGUCUCCUGCCAAGAGUGAUGUGGCCGCUCAUGGUUAAUGAUGUCCGUAUCAGCACUGUCGAGAAGCUAGAGCAGAUGAUCAGCAAGCACCUGAGAAAGUGGUUAGGCCUACCGCCAUCCUUCACCAACAUUGGACUGUAUGGCCGAUCAACAAAGCUCCAGAUGCCAAUAAGCUCUCUAGUAGAGGAGUUCAAAGUAGCAAAAGCACGUCUUAUGCUAACCCUCAGAGACUCUGAAGAUGAGAAAGUCGGCAAUGCAGGAAUUCAGGUCAGGACAGAGAGAAAGUGGUCAGUGAGCAAGGCGGUAGACUCUGCUGAAAGCAGUCUAAAGCACAAGGAUGUUGUGGGAUCUACCAACGUGGGAAGAGAAGGGCUUGGCACCAAACAGACCCAAAGGUGGGGAAAAGCAGGGAAAAGAGAAAGGAGAGACCUGGUGCAGAAAGAAAUCAGAAACCAAGAAGAGCAAGCACGGUCAGCCAGGGCGGUCCAGUUUGGACCCCAAGGAGAUUGGCCGAAGUGGAGUACACCAGAGAGGAAGCUCACGUGGCAAGAACUGUGGACAUAUGAACCACUUCAGCUAAGUUUCCUCCUGCGGGCAGCGUACGACAUGCUUCCAACCCCCCAAUAUCUUCAGCGAUGGAAGCUGACAGAAGACCCUACUUGUCCUUUGUGUGGGAGUAUAGGGACGUUGCGGUACAUUCUGUCAUCGUGUCCAACAGCCCUUGCACAAGGGCGCUACAGAUGGCGUCAUGACCAAGUACUCAGAAUGUUGGCCGACGCCCUAGAAAGAGAGCGGAAGAAGGAAAGACCCCGGAAGAAAUCAGGACCCCAAUUCAUCAGCUUCGUCAAGGAGGGUACAACAAAGCUAAUCGCCACAACCAGUUCCAGAUCUUGUAUUCUGCAAGACGCUAACGACUGGGAGAUGCGUGCAGACCUAGUGAAGAAACUAGUUUUUCCCGAGGAAGUAGCUCAUACAACUCUCAGACCCGACAUAGUGCUAUGGUCAAAGACGGCGAAGCGGGUGAUCCUUGUAGAGCUAACUGUGCCAUGGGAGGAGAGGAUCGACGUGGCCUAUGAACUGAUGAAAGCCAAAUACCAGGAUCUGGCAGAUGUAUGCAGAGAGAGAGGCUGGAAGACAUGGAUCUUUCCGGUGGAAAUCGGAUGCAGAGGAUUUCCAUCACAGUCGGUGUGGAAGAUGUUUGGAGCGCUGGGCGCCGAAGGAAGAGUCAGAAAGACUACAAUCCACGCCCUUGACAAGACAGAUGAACGAUCAUCCAGUUGGCUCUGGUUAAGACGUAGUGAACCAAAUUGGAAGCCAUCGUAG